GUCGCCCCACGUCCAACCCAGAGCUAAAGCCGCCGAGCCGAUCGAUCCAGAGACACAUACGCAGGCGACACGAACACCCCCGUUCCCGGCGGCCUCUCCUCGCCAAACGAUCUUUGGACGACAACCCCAGCCGGCCACGAUGGGCAACCUUUGCUCCUCCCGCGGCACGGCCGCCGCGAUGGCCGCGACAGCCCAAACCACGACGACGACACAGCCGUUCGCUCCCGCGCCGGCGAGGGCGCCGGCGAGGCUGCCGGACUUCACGCAGUCGGUGAAGCUCAAGUACGUCAAGCUGGGCUACCACUACCUCAUCACCCACGGCGCGUACCUGGCGGUGCUUCCCCUGCCUGGCUUCGUCGCGGCGCACCUCUCCACCUUCACCCUGCACGACCUCGCCGACCUCUGGCUGCACCUGCAGUACAACCUCGUCUCCGUUCUCGCCUGCUCGGCCCUCCUCGUUGCCACCUGCACCGCCUACCUCCUCACCCGCCCGCGCCCCGUCUACCUCGUCGACUUCGCCUGCUACAAGCCCAAUGACGCGCGCCGCUGCAGCCGCGCCCGCUUCAUGGACUGCACCGAGAAGCUCGGCACCUUCACGGACGACAACGUCGAGUUCCAGCGCCGGAUCGUCGAGCGCUCCGGGCUCGGCGAGGACACAUACCUGCCCGAGGCCGUGCUCAACCUCCCGCCCAACCCCUCCAUGGCCAACGCGCGCAGGGAGGCCGAGACCGUCAUGUUCGGCGCGCUCGACCAGCUAUUCGCCAAGACGGGCGUCAGGCCCAAGGACAUCGGCAUCCUCGUCGUCAACUGCAGCCUCUUCAACCCGACGCCGUCGCUGGCCUCCAUGGUCGUCAACCACUACAAGCUCCGGGGCAACAUCCUCAGCUACAACCUCGGCGGCAUGGGGUGCAGCGCGGGGCUCAUCGCCGUCGACCUCGCCAAGGACCUGCUCCGGGUGCACCCCAACACGUACGCCGUGGUCAUCAGCAUGGAGAACAUCACCCUCAACUGGUACUUCGGGAACGACCGCUCCAUGCUGGUGUCCAACUGCCUCUUCCGCAUGGGCGGCGCCGCCAUCCUGCUCUCCAACCGCCGCGCGGCCCGCCGCCGCUCAAAGUACCAGCUGGUGCACACGGUGCGCACGCACAAGGGCGCCGACGACAGCGCCUUCGGCUGCGUGUACCAGCAGCAGGACGAGGACGGCAAGACGGGCGUGUCGCUGUCCAAGGACCUCAUGGCCAUCGCCGGCGGCGCGCUCAAGACCAACAUCACCACGCUCGGCCCGCUGGUGCUCCCCGUCAGCGAGCAGCUGCUCUUCUUCGCCACGCUGGCCGCCAAGAAGCUCUUCAACGCCAAGAUCAAGCCGUACAUCCCGGACUUCAAGCUCGCCUUCGAGCACUUCUGCAUCCACGCCGGCGGCCGGGGCGUGCUCGACAAGAUGGAGAGCAGCCUGCAGCUGUCGGAGUGGCACAUGGAGCCGUCCAGGAUGACGCUCAACAGGUUCGGCAACACCUCCAGCAGCUCGCUCUGGUACGAGCUCGCCUACGCCGAGGCCAAGGGCCGGAUCAAGAAGGGCGACAGGACGUGGCAGAUCGCCUUCGGCUCAGGGUUCAAGUGCAACAGUGCCGUCUGGAGGGCGCUCCGCUCCGUCAACCCGGCCAGGGAGAGCGACAUGGCCGGGAACCCCUGGGCCGACGAGAUCCACAGAUUCCCCGUACCUGUGCCCAAGGUUUCCGCCAUUGAUCCUACCACCACCAGUUAGAAGACACGUACAUCGGCUCGUAUUUUGAUCGAAACUGUUGCCAGAUAGCUGCUUGAUUGAUACUAGUGGUAGAAUUAAGCUAGGUAGAGAUUUGUCAUUGGGUCUGAUUGAUUAAACCUGUAUUGCUUGAUUCUCUCGUCUUCUGUGAUGUGUUCCACUGGUCCGGGGACAGAGACAGACAUACACAGGGUGCAUCUGCAUA